GCUGAUUCCUUCAUUUCAAGUGAUUUAAUUUACUAAUAUGAUCUACUUUCAAAACUGUUUAUGCCACAAAAGUUGUUACGUUUUUCCUUAGCAAAAAAAUUAUAAUCACCCUGUCUAAUGAACACACAUUCUCGUCAUUCGUAUGACCCAGAUUCGAAAAAAAACUCAUAAUCAUAAUUGUACAUUAUGCAGAGGGAAACCAAUGCAAUAAUAGCAUAGCACCUAAACAUUUCAAUUUUGAUAUCUCACUUAAAAGCUUGGUUUGACGCUCCUAUAAUUCAGGCCGUCGAAAUACGGUAAAGAGACAAGAGGGUGCGUUCUUUGGACAAAAUGCGGUUUUAUACCAAAGGGGACAUCACACAUAUUGUUGAAUCAGACGUGGUUGAAUAUUGACAAGGGACCGAUUAUUGGACUAUAAAAGAGGCGAAUGCGUUUUCAAAAUCAUCCAGAUUUGGUUCAAGCAUCUAAGCAUCAACAUGAAGACUUUCGUUGCUGUCCUCUCCAUCUUGGCUUUGGCCACCGCUAAUCAAUCCAGCCAUCAAACCAUCAAGCACGGCAAUGCCCCGGCUGUCCACUCCUCCAUCCACAAGCCCCAUGGUGGCUCUCAUGCCCAUGUGGUGAGCCAACCCUCCGCUCUACCCAAUGAGGUCAACCAGCCCUACAACGAGGAGAAGUACACUGCCGCUGCACACGCUCCCAGCCAUGAGGUCCGCACCCCCGCCUACCACCCAACCAUUGCUUACAAGCCAACUCCUUAUCACCCAGCUCCCACAUAUAAGCCCGCUCCAAUUUAUCGCCCAACCCCCGCUUACAAACCCACCCCUUAUCAGCCAACUCCCGCUUAUAAACCUGCCCCUUAUCACCCAACUCCCGCUUAUAAACCCACCCCUUAUCACCCAACUCCCGCUUAUAAACCCAACCCUUAUCACCCAACUCCGGCUUAUAAACCCGUCCCCGUUCACCACCCGACUCCCACCUAUAAGCCCACUCCAUAUCACCCAACACCCUCUUACAAGCCCACUCCAGCUUACAAACCAGCUCCUUACCACCCCGCUCCCGCUUACAAGCCCGCCCCUUAUCACCCCGCUCCCGCUCAUGGUCACGGUGAUGAGUAUGAGACCGCCCCCGCCUACCAAUACGGUUAUGCCGUGGCUGAUGAUUACUCCGGAUCCAACUUUGCUCAAAACGAGAAUCGUGACAAUUACGCCACCAACGGCGAAUACCGUGUGGCCCUUCCCGAUGGUCGCACCCAAAUCGUGAGCUACAGUGUUGCCGAUGCUUAUUCCGGAUAUGUGGCUGAUGUCAGAUACGAGGGAGAGGCCAAGUACGAGCCUGACCAACCUGCUCACAAGAACGCCUACCACCCUGCUCCUGCUCCCGGUUACCACGCCUAAGCUUGUCCUGUUGAUGAUAUUUAUUUAUACAAGUACAUAUUAAAUAAAGCUUGAUGAAUUAUGUU